CUGCAACCCACCUCAUCACCCAGCGCCGCGUCACCACCAGGACACGCAAGCCACCCCGGGACUCGCAAGCCAUCCGUCCGACACAUAUAUAAGCCCUCCGUCGCAAGACUUAUUGCCGCCAGUCCUCGCUAUUGGCCCCGCCAUGGAGGACGACGACCUUUCCCUGUACGAGUCCCCCACCUGGGACUCGGGCACCCUAACACCUGGCCAGUCUGCCUUCGAGCGGCACAAAGCCUCCCUCCAGACCCUCCUCGACUGGCUGCCAUACGAAUGCGAGUCCGUCGAGGACAUGCAAACUAAACUCGAAUAUAUUGUUUCACGCCUCACCAUUUGUGCGGAAAGCAGAAAUUGGCUUGCCCUCACAACGUGGGACGGGAUUCUGCAAUGUUGGCUCCUCAUGCAUUACCCGAUGCCUAAACCUAUGCGCAUCAAGCUUGUGCACUUCUACUACGAGCUGUGUCUCAUCCCUGGCAUAGAGUCUCGCGUGGUGCGCAGCUGGGCAGAUAUACUCUCACGUCUGCUCGCCAAUAAGCCGGACCAGAGACGCAAGCUGGAAACUACAGACCUUCAACUCUCUUGGAGGCCCUUGUGGCGCGUACUACAGAAAGAGCUCUGGCCAAAGAGACGGCUGCAGGACUCCUCCCGUAACAUGAUCAACAUUCUGCUGUUUGUGGCGGAACAAUCCAAGCGUUACUAUCCAGCGGGCGAAAUCCCCGAGAUGAUGGCUGCGUUCUUGCCUCUACUGACGAAAGACUCUGUCCUAACAAUCAUGCCAGUCAUGACGUCCUUCCUCCCGCCCACACACAGCCAUCUCUACCUACCAUCUCUGUUCAAGAUCUGGGAGGCGUUCAACUCGUCUGUUAUCGACGAUAGAAUGAUCGAUCUGUGUGGAAGUCUUUCGGAAGAACAUGUCGCUGGUAAGGCUGGAGACGCAGAAGGCGGCGCAGCAUGGCAAGACAUAGGUAUCUGGACCGAACCGCAGUUCCAAUUCCUCGCUGGCAAGGCUUUGAACUCCAUGCAUGUUCCCGUGGGAGGAAGCAAGGGUGCGAGCACAACUGCGAUGCACGCGGAUCUUUAUGGGGACAAGAACGCGUUCAGAAUCAAGAAACCUAUCAACAGGGCCAACGGUCUGGCCAAGCUCUUCGUAUUCUCAAUGUGUCUCGACGGACCUGUUCGCGAAGAAACUGGAGAAAUGAAGCAGGGACAACACUUCUCUCCCCAGCCCACUGGCUACCUCGCUGGGUCAAAAGCUCUCGACUACCUGGACAAGAUGAUCACCAGCACGGAGACCUACUUCCAUCCUUCAAAUCACGGCAUCUGGAGUUUGAUCCUGACGAUGUUCCUACAUCGUCUUACCGCGGAGUUUUCGAAGCGAUGGCAGGAGGAGCAAGAGCCGACCUGCAAGACGCCCGUUACUCGUCGCCUGACCUUUGACAUGCGUCACGCCUUUGUCACCACGCUACGAACGGCCGCUCUUCUAUCUAUGUUCUCCAAGGACCCUUUCACCAUGGGUUAUGCGCAAGCGUCUCUUCGCUCGCUCGCCUUCAUCGAGCCGAAGUUGAUUAUGCCGGAUCUACUCGAGCGAGCGUACAAUGGCCUCGAGGUGGUCAAUGAGACUCAUCGCACGACGGCAGUCUUGACAAUGUUGGCAGGUGUCGCGCACCCCUUGGUUUGCGAGAAAGCAUGGUUAGGCGGUCAAAAGCACGUGGUUCCCCUUCUGGAACUCUGUAUCCCGGGCAUUGACCUCAACGACCACAUCAAGACCGUCUGCGCUUGCAUGUUUAUCUCUUCGGUCGUCCAACACAUCAGAAUUGGCGAUGUCUCGAUGCAUUCAGCCGGCGUCCCGCUCACAGACGACGCUGCCGCCGGAGAAAUGAUGGACGUCGAUCAUGCUGCGGGCAGUCAACUACCGGAUCGUGCUGUCGGUGCCGGGGCACCGAUUAUGAACAAGGAGGAGGAACGUGCUGCCGCAAGAGAGAGCACCACUGCUUUUGCGGAUUGGGUAACUGCGCUAUUCAGGCGAGUGCUCGCGCUGUACGAAAAUCUACCUGAAGAAGGCGGACGGCGAGCCACCACCGGAGGCAAGAUGGAAGAAAGUGUUCUUAGCGCCACCAAGAACAUGUUGGAUAUUGUCUGCUUACACCUCUCGGACGCACUCUUCGAUCUCGUCCUGAAGUUGGUCUAUGAUUACGCCACCACGAACGCGAAGGCAAACGCUGUCAGAGCGUUCGGUCAAAUGAUCUCGUGCCUGUCCAGAGCGCAACCUGAGAAAACAGUGGCGAAGUUCCUGCCGUUCUGCAUAGAUCAAAUCAAGGAGGAAUUGAGGCACGGCGCAUCCGGUGUACGCACGACCUCGGUUCAUACGCCCACCCCUUCCGAUACGACUUUGCAUUGGAACAUCUCAAUCCUCCGCGGAUGCUUUGCUUAUGGAGGCGUAGUGCUUCUAAAGUACAAACCUGAAAUUCUCGCCCUUACCUCACUACUGGUUGAGAAGACCAAGAGCGAGCGUGGUUACAGCAGCAGCGGCCGGUUGCUCAACCGGAUCCUCUCUACCUUGACAACCGUGUAUCCUGUGAACAAUCGUUGCGUCAACACGAAGGACUGGAACAGAGCAGAAUUUGAUCAGAUCCACUUGAAGUAUUGGGGAACAUUGUACGACCCGCAAGACGCAGAGAUUGAAUGGCACGUGCCGUCCUCGGAUGAAAUUGCUUUCGCCCUGGAGAUCGUAGACAAGAUCUCCUCCCUCGCUCUGAGCAAAGUGGAGGCUCUCGCCAAAGUUGCAGACAACUGGGAUGAGGUGGCACGGAAUGACUUCUGCCGAUACCUCUGCGCACUCAGAUCAAUGUGGAGCGGAUUAUCGACACUAAUUCAAGAGGGUCCAAAGGAUGUUGUGAAACCUUGUCUCAACGCUGAGUGCGAGUUACCAGAGCUUCUUGUGACGUCGUUGGACGUGAAGUGUGGUUUCGCGUUGACCGACAUGAAGGAUCCGCAAUACCAGAAAGCUCUGUCAUUGAGGACGAGAUACGGGGAGGUCAUACAUGGGGCUUCUGUUGCACUGCGGCAGUUGAAGGGAGGAGAUGACCAUCUCGAUGCCCUCGUCGGCCUAUCGAAGUCAAUAGACGUCUAUCUCCUCGAUUAUGCGAUGACGCGCUCGACUUUCGAUUCUUUACGCAAGGCAUACAUUCAGUCACGGGACGCGACACGCAUGUGGUCUCGACAACGGUCAAGUCCAAGGAUGGUCCUGAUCAGGCGGGCGCAUGCUUACCACGCGGGGCGUGUAUACAUGCACGCACUAUACCGGCGACGUUCCCAACUAGAUGAUCACUUGCUCCAAGAUCUAGUUGAGAUGUCAUUGUCCCCUUACUUGAGAUUGCGGAAACACGCCCAGGCAGUUCUGUACAAUGCAUGCGGCUAUUUUGUACGAUCCACGAGGUUGUGCCUACCCCAUUUCUUUGGGGCUCUUGCGAAGGGAACAGAUCCGGACCGUAUGAAAGGCGCUUUGCAUGUCCUCUGGAAUAAAGGCAUAGCUUCGUAUGCUCUGGCCGAUAUCGAUCACUUUGGUCAAUAUUUGCUGUCUGUGCUAGAUUGCCAACAUCAAGAGAAGCCUUCAAUCCAGAAGAUACUGGGCAACUUGGCACAAGACGCAACAGCAUACCUCUCCGAAGAUGCAAUCCAUACUGAGACUUGCCUGGAAGAUCACGCUGGAGUCGUCAAGGCUGUGGCUGAGAUCAAGCAGGAAUGUGAUCUUUCGCCAGAUCAUCAGAGCCUGUCGCUGCGCGCCGCCGAGAAGCAGCGAGCGCGCACUGGACUUCGCAACAAGAGACAUGCUGACACCGUCUCCACGAUUCUUGACAUCGCUACGCGACCGACAACCCAUUGGCGAUACGUCGAAAUGGCGACACAAUUUCUCUACCAUCUCCUGAGAAGGGAUACCAGUCCGGCUCCUGAGCUUGCUAGUUUCUUCGUGGCCAAGUCUGUCGAUCCUCACCCUACGACGCGGCAUAUCGCCCAAAAGGCGGUUGUCCGAUUAACAUAUCACGUCAAGAUACGGACAUACGCUCAGUCAAAUGACGACUUGUGGCUGGAUGAAUGGCGUAGUCCGCUGCAGACCGAUAUCUCCAUCGCGGAUCCAGCUGCUUUCCUGUCAAGUCAAGAACAAAUAGUACAAGCAGGCAGCCAAGAACGGUCGACGUAUGUGGAUAAGAUUCCUACAGGAUUCGUUGUGUGGCCAUCAACCUUGAAAGCUUACCGAGUUGUUCCCGAGGGCGAAGCGCCAUUUUCGUGGGACACGUCCUCAAUAGCUGCUCUACAAAGCAUGAAAGAUGCUCUACGCGAAAGUGACUUUGUUACCAACUUGGUCUCACGGUGGUCUCAGGAGUCGAGCAAGAACAUCGGUUCACCGGAGCUCAGAGUAGACAACGUCACAUAUAUGAAGUCACUUGCCAAGAUGUUCCAACACGAGUUGCUCGAGCUCAUACUUCCUGCUAUCGAACCCAUGCUCAAGGAUGCUGAUCGCUUCAAGCAACGUGCAGGUGCCGAGAUGCUCAUCGGUCUGCUGAGAGGCUCGAAGCACUGGCCGAAACAGUGGCGCGAUCAGUUAUGGGGUUGGUUCAUGUCCCAGAUACAAGCUAUCCACAACAGCAUCAGACCGGAUACUUUGUCCUUCUGGGAUGCAGCGUUCAACGAGCUGCUGAUGGAAAGAGACCCAUGGCGAGCUGAGCCUUUCAUCAAGUGGAUACUUUCAUUACCUCUGGAUUUCCAUGGCGAUUCCACUUUUGCUAUGACCAAAUCCUUGAUCCUUUUCAACGCUGCGAUCGAUAGUCUUGGCUUGCGAUUCCUACCUGUAUGCAACAAGUACAUGCAUCUCUUCUUGGAUAAUGCCAAUACGGGCUACGCAGAGAUUCGGACGCAAAUAGCCCAGAACUUGCAUGCUAUCAUCGCGACUCUGUGGCGCCCGACAUACCCCUCGACCGAUGCAUUUCUCAGUGCUUGCGAACGAGAUGCAGAUCCUCUGCGUGUCAGAGAGGCGAGAUAUAUGGAUCGCAUCAUGGCAAUCACGCAACAGUUCCCUCAGUGGAGGUCAGAGAGGUUACCACCACCACGCGUGUCGCAAUCUCAAUAUGAUAAAGUGGGCUUAACGAUGCUUCAGUGGUUCUGGGAGUGUUCACACAACCCGCAAGCCGUCUUGGUGCUUCCAUACUUGGUCACAAUGCUACCUGAGGUCCUACGCAUGUCCGAGCUCAAUGACAACUCAGAACUGCAGAAAUACAGCUCCGCUGUUCUUUACGUGCUAUCCGCAGUAGAUCCCCCACAGGAAUAUGUCGGAGUCAUCGCGGAGAACUUCCUUCAAGCCAUCAAGUCGUCAUCGUCAUGGCGUAUCCGUUUGAAAGCGCUCCCUACGCUACUCGUCUUCUACUAUCGCAAUCUCAUGAGUAUACCUGGGGAUGUCACAACGAAGAUCAUGGAGGUUCUCCUUGACUGUCUGGCGGAUGAGAAUGUUGAAGUACGUGACAUGGCCUCGAAGAUGUUGUCGGGCGUCGUGCGGUGUUCUCAGCGUCACAGCAUUUUGUCCCUCAAGGACCAUUUCCUUGCAUCCGCCAGCAAAGCGAGGUUACCCAACCGACGAGAUCCUACGUAUGCGGAGUCGAUGCGGACGUUGCACUCGGCCAUUCUGGGGCUUUGUGCACUGGUUGACAGUUUCCCAUAUUCAGUGGAGCCUUGGAUGCCGCUUCUGACCGAUGUAUUGGCCCUGCAUGCGACAGACCCAGCGCCCAUCUCCACCACUAUCCGGAAGUGUGCCUCGGAGUUCAAGAAGACACAUCAGGAUACUUGGCACAAGGAUCAACUGGCAUUUGACGAAGAUCAGCUGCAGAACCUAUCUACUAUGCUGGUCGGGACCUCGUACUACGCGUAAUCGCUACAAUUCGCAAGAUGUCGCUGGCCUUUGGGAUAGACGUCGCCAACGUACUGUGCAAGCAUUGCUUGUUUUGACUGCAUUAUAUGAGUUACAAUAUCGAGCCAUGUAUUGGAGCGAGUCAAACGUCUCUUGUAUCCGCAUUUGUUGUAUGCCUAGAAUGCCUCCAGAUUGAUCUACUGCAUGCGAGGAUCCUCGUGGUGUACGGCAGGAACAUCUCACGAAUCUGCGCUGGUAAAUUUCAGCGAAAGCUUCUAUGUGACGAUACAGAAGAGAUGUGGAGACUCGGAGCUGCCUGCUUCUCGUCCAGACCAGCACGCACAGAAUGGCAAAAGUGACGCGGACGGUGGACUUCGGUCAGAACGUAUUU